CAAGUCAGAUGUCAUGAGCGCUGACACUCAGAGACUCACUGUGGAGGAUCUUACAGAAGCUGAACAAGAGAUCAUUCGAUACUGCCAGAGAAAAACAUUUUCCAAGGAGAUCUCUGCACUUCAAAGAUGUGAAGGCAUAAAGAGAAGCAGUAGCCUGUUCAAGCUGAAUCCUGUUCUUCAUGAUGGCAUUCUCAGAGUUGGUGGGAGACUAAACAGGUCUGCUUUGCCUGAAGAGUCCAAGCAACCAGCAAUUCUGGACAAGAAUCUUCACGUCACAAACCUGAUCCUAAAAGAGAUCCAUGAAAACUUAGGUCACAGCGGCCGCAAUCACGUGCUAUCCAAACUACGGACCAAGUACUGGAUCCCAGGUGCAAAUUCAGCAAUAAGGAGGAUCCUAUCCAAGUGCAUCAUCUGUCGACGCUCACAUGGUGCUGCAGGACAACAGCAAAUGGCUGACUUACCUCGAGACAGAGUCAUGCCAGAUGACCCUCCAUUUACCAACACUGGAGUGGACUACUUUGGCCCAUUUGAAGUAAAACGUGGAAGAAGCACAGUCAAGAGAUAUGGUGUUAUUUUUACGUGUCUGGCAGUUCGUGCUGUGCACUUAGAGGUUGCAUCAUCACUCGACACGGAUUCCUUUAUAAACGCUCUGCGUCGCUUUGUGGCAAGAAGAGGUCAGGUCAAAAUCCUGCGCUCUGACAAUGGAACCAAUUUUGUUGGAGCCGAACGUGAGCUAAAAAAAGCCAUUGAGGAAUGGAAUGUCUCCAAGAUUGAAAGCACCUUGCAUCAAAAUGGCAUCCAGUGGAUAUUUAAUCCUCCCACUGGUUCCCACCAUGGAGGUGUUUGGGAGAGACUGAUCAAGUCAGUAAAAAAGAUUCUGAGUACCACACUGAAGGAACAGGUGCUUGAUGAGGAGAGCUUACACACCCUGCUAUGUGAGGCAGAAGCGAUUCUGAAUAGCAGGCCGAUAACUAAAGCUACCAGCGAUCCAAAUGACCUAGAAGCGCUGACGCCCAAUCACCUGUUGCUGCUCAAGCCCAAGCCAUCUCUGCCCCCCGGUCUUUUUGACAAACAAGAUCUGUAUGCACGAAAAAGAUGGAAACAGAUCCAGUAUAUGGCAGACCUAUUCUGGAAGCGAUGGGCAAGAGAAUAUCUUCCAGAGCUGCAAGAGCGCCAAAAAUGGAACUAUCCAUCCCGCAACUUCACCACUGGAGACAUUGUGGUAAUCGUUGAUGACUCAGCUCCACGCAACUCAUGGGUUACCGGAAGGGUCAUCCACACAGUGCCAGACAAAUUUGGGCUGGUACGCCAGGUCCGGAUUAAAACAAAGACCAACACUUUGGACAGACCCAUCACAAAAAUUUGCCUCUUACAAGAAGCUGAGUGAGGCAUGAAGCCCACUACCUAAAAGACUGUGAACAGGGACUGUUUUCACCUGAGGAUUUUAAGAUCUUGGCUCCGUUUAAUUUGUUGUUUGGUAAUUGUGUCUAGUUAAGAGCACAAUUAGGGGCCGGUAUGUGGGAGCCAAGCUAAGUUUUUACAAA